AUGGCCCAGGUCUCCCGCGCGGGUGGCCUGCUGCCUCCGCUCCCCAGCGCGCCGCCGCUGCGGGUGCCAGCCGGGGUCUCCGGGCAGGAGCCGCGGGAGGGCGCGCUGACCCGGGAGCUUGACGGCCGGCGGGGGCCGCUGGUGGCCGAAGUCGUCCCCUGGCCGGGCGGAGCUCCCGCAGGGCAGCGGCGCUGGGCUGGGCAGGAGCCCCCGGACCGCGGCCUGCUCGGACUCGCCGCCCAGCGCCUGGACGCCGCCGUCGAGAUGCAGCUCCGCGCGCUGGGCCGGGCGCCCGCCGGCCCGGCGCUACCUGCCCAGCUGUCCGAGCUACUGCUGGCGCUGCCCUCCUACCACCAGCUGCAGGGCAAGGCGCCCCGGGUCCCGGGGGCGGCGCGCCCCUUCCCCCCGGCCCGAGUGCUCCGCCUCCUGGCGGGAGAGCGGGGCUCCCGGGUGGCCGCGCAGCUGGACGUGGCCCUCCGGGGAUCGGACCUGCGGGACCAGCUUCGCCGGCGAUGCCAGGAGGAGCGGGAGCUGCUUCCGGGACUGUUGGGGCUGCUGGGGGGUGUGGCGGGCGCACCCAUCAGUGGGCUGGGACUUGGAGGGGCCGGGGCCCUGUGGGGCCAGUACUGGACCCUGCUGUGGGCAGCCUGUGCUCAGAGUCUGGACUUGAGGCUGGGACCUUGGAGAGACCCGAGUGCGGCGGCGGCGCAGCUGAGCCAGGUGCUGGAGCAGGCUUCCCUGCCGCAGGAGUGUGAGAUGGAACUGGCUUCUUUGUGCCGCAGCCUCUCUCAUCAGUCCCUCAUCUGGAGCUGGGACCAAGGCUUCUGCCAGGUCUUGGGGUCAGCUCACAGGGACCAGAGCAGCCACCCGUCGUCCUGGGACGGUGGGGUCGGCUCCCACACUGCACAGCUGCUGCACCAGCUCUUGUCCUCUCUCCUGGACACCCUUCAGCAGCGCAGGCUGGGGCUGGUCCUCUGCAGGCCCCCAGGCCCUGCACCCCUUGCCCUGGGGCUCUGUACCCUUCAGACCACCCUGCUCUGGUUUUUGGGACGAGCUCAACAGUUCCUGGCAGCAUGGGCCCCCGGCGCCUUCCUGUUCUUGAUCCAGAAGGACUUGCCUCCUCUCCUGCAGGAGGUCCAAGCUCUGUCCAGCCUGGCUUCCGAGGGCAGCUUAGUGCUGGACGUGGAGGGUCAGCUAGUCCUGGAGAUCCAGAAAUUGACUGCACAGAUCCAGCUCUUGCCUGAAGAGUCGCUCAGCAGUUUUUCUCAAGAAUGUCACAAACAAGCCUCUCAGGGAUUUGAGCUGUACAUGCCACUCGGUCGGUACUGGCGGCCUCAUCUCUGCCCUGAGCUGCCGAGCGUCCCCAGUGGGUAUGCCGGGCUGGUGGUCCGCUCGGUGCUGGAGCCGGUGCUGCAUGGGCUUCAGGGCCUGCCCCCCAGGGCCCAAGUACCUGCCUUGGGUCAGGCGCUGACUGCUGUCCUGGGCGCCUGGCUGGACCACAUCCUCGCCCACAGGAUCCGGUUCAGUCUGCAGGGAGCGCUGCAGCUCCGACAGGACUUCGCAGUGGUGCGGGCACUGCUGGAAGAGGACCAGUGGGGCCUGCCCGCUGACCUCCGCCAGUCUCUGCUCACGCUCAGCAUCUUCCAGCAGCUGGACGGGGCCCUGCUGUGUCUCCUGCAGCAGCCCCUGCCCCCCCCACCAGGCCGCAGGAGGCCUCCGUGCUGCUGUGCGUGUCACGACGUGCAGACCUUGGAACUGCCCAGCAACAGCCUCUACAGCCUGGAGAGCCUGGAGCCCCCACAGAGGCCCAGCGCAGCCCCCGGCCAGGCUGUGCAAUCGUCGCUCAGCGCGCUGUGGGGGGCAGGCCCCAGCCCCGAGGCCUACCUGGUGGGGAACCAGCAAGCCUGGCUGGCCCUGAGGCAGCACCAGCACUCUCACUGGCACCUACGUUUCCUUUCCUGCCUGAGGACCAGUCCUGACCACCCCGGUGGGCACCGGAUCCCAGCUGUCCGAGUGACCUUCCACCGGGGGCACCGGGACCCCGAAGGGACAGGCCGCGGACGACCAGCGUGUUUCGGAGCCAAGUGCAAAGAAGUUUUGCACCAAUUUUCAUGA